AUGGUGAAAGACGCGUCAGCGCCACACGAUUUCUCCGAUCACACGGCGCACAUGCAAUGGCGGAUGGAAGCUGGUGGACGAGCCGCCGAGAAAAAUGUGCCGAUGAUACCCGCUGAUCUUUCUGGUGGAUCGAAAUCUCAGUCGAGUUCGGCGGCCGCCUUGCAGAAAUUCGUGUCUAAUCCGUUUAUUCCGCUUGGAUUACUUGCCACUACCGGAUGCCUAAUUGGAAUCAUGGCUCAAACGUUGAAAAGAAAUCCGCAUAAAGCUCAACUUUAUAUGCGAGGACGAUGUGCGGCGCAGUUUUUCACGGUGGCUUCGAUCGUUGGAGGCGCGUGGUUCUUUGGCGGCUUUCAAUCAUCAUUGCAACCCGGUCAGCACGGACAACCGCAUCAAUUAACACAGAAG